UGCAUAGAUAUUAAUAUGCAAUCAGGACUUGAUCAUCCUUUGCUCAAAAACCAUACAAUCCAGAUGAAACCAUCAGUUUCAAGGACUGAAUCAAAAAGUCAAAUUGGCAUAAACCGAGUACAAAAACAGAUUAUACCAUGUCCAGAUGGAACCAUUCCUGUAUGGAGAAAUACAAAAGAAUACAUCACCAAGGCUCAAGAUUUGGCCGAUAAGCAUGUCCAUCCACUAUCAGAUGAUAGUCCUGGAACACAUAUUGCUGGAGUAAGGUCACACAAUGGUCUAAACCGUGGUGUAGAAGCUUGGUUUAAUGUAUUUCAACUAGACAUCGCAAAAGAUCAUGCCUCGUAUAGUUCAAUAUAUAUAGGCAGUGGAUCGAAUAAUGAGAUCAAUUUUAUCUCAGCGGGUUGGAUGAUAAAUCCAAGCUUGUUUGGUGACGGACGUACUUGGACAUAUGGAUUUUGGAAGGGUAAAGAUGGAAAAGGAUGUUACAAUACGGCGUGUUCAGGGUUUGUUCACGUAUCCCAGACGAUUCCCAUUGUUCAACCCAUUGAUUUUCCGGCUGGCAACACUGUCUGGUUGCAUUACUCCAUCCAUCAGGACAAAAAUACAGGAAACUGGUGGCUUACAGAAGUAGGAUCUGGCGAUAUUGGAUAUUGGCCAAAAGAGUUAUUUAACCUUUUAAACAAUGGUGCAAAUAUGGUCGGAGCUGGUGGUACAGUUCAGGCUUCGGAUUCUGGUUCAAGCCCUCCCAUGGGUAAUGGUCAAUUUCCGAAUGCUAAUCGCCCUGAAAGAUCAGCAAUUUUCGCAAACAUCGAAGUUUUGGAUUCCAACUAUAAGCAGCAUAAAAUGAAUUAUGUUCCUACAGAAGUGAUUCUGGAUAGUCCCAAAUGUUAUGGGCUAACAAUUGGUAAGAAAUUUUUUUUACGACCUAAUAAAUUAGGUUUCUAUUUUAAUUAUGGAGGUCUAGGAGGAAACUCUUGUGGGGUUUGA